UCUAAUUUGUAUUUCAAGGAAAUUACAACAAUUGAGAUGAAGUUGAAUGAUUUUCUAAGUUCUAAUGAUGAGGUGAUCAAGGAUAUGGCGAGAAAGAUGAAGGUUAAGUUUGAUAAGUAUUGGGAGUCAUACUCCACUACUCUUGCACUUGGAUGUGUUCUUGAUCCAAAAAGGAAGUUGGCAUUCUUGCUCUAUGUGUACAAAAAGCUUUACCCCAAUGACUAUGAAGCAAAGUUAAAAAUUGUGAAGGACGCAUUGUAUAAACUUUUUGCUGAGUAUGAACGAGUUGGAGCUUUAAAUUCACGUAUGACUCCAAUCACAAGUUCAUCAUCUAUAAAUGUAGCUCCUGAUAUGGAUGAGUAUGAUAAAGAAUUUCUACAACAAUCAGCUUGCACCGAUGAAUCUGAGCUUGAUUUGUAUUUGGAAGAUAAGACUACUUUAGAUGUCAUUGAUUAUUGGAAAUUGAGUGCUAAACGAUUUCCCCGGCUUGCAAUGAUGGCUUCUGAUAUCUUAAGUAUUCCAAUCACAACUGUGGCUUCAGAAUCAACAUUUAGCAUUGGUGGUCGCAUCUUGCACAAGUAUAGGAAUUGUUUGCUUCCCGAAAAUGUACAAGCACUCAUUUGCACUCGAAAUUGGUUGCAUGGUUUUGAAGUUGCUGCUGGACCUGGUGAUGAUUCUGAUGAGCAGGAUUCUGAAGAAAGUCGAUUGUCCAAGGAAGAUUCAAACAUUGUCGAUGUUGAAUCAUUGGAAUCUUGAUUCUUAAGUCUAUUUUGUAUUCUACUUUUAUUUUGUUUGGAUUUGUUGGUGACCUCUUAUCA